GUGCCUGUUUGAUCGACCGCGAAGCAAACUGAAACAGGCACGCUCGCAUCGAAUGCACGCUAGAACUUACCCGCAUUUUCACUCUAAGCGUUUGCGCAAGCAUCGCACAUUUGCUGAUCAUUCCGCCUGAGAUCUUGCCUCCCAUGGUCGUGCGCCAUCCAAGCCGUACAAAGCAUUGACUUGCUACCGAACCCUUUUCUUGCUUAGCAGAAAGCCAGAUGUCAGAGGCAGUAGCCCAAAUAACGUCAGGCACCGCCAUACAAUGUGAGAGUCUAGCCUAUUUCUUCUCACACUCUGCGCAAACACACACUCGAGAACCGAACGUCUGCGCAUGUCUUCUGGCGUUGCACACCUGUCGCUCCAUAACCAUCACAGCGUUUGUCGACCAUAUACUCAGAUCUUGCCGCCAUGGCCAGGACCACCUUCUCGAAUUUGCAGCGACUCCUGACGAAACCGUGAUGAGGUCCAGAACACUACGUUUCGACUCUGCUUUCCAUUGCAAGCUAAGGAUGCCGCUGAUAGAUCGUGCCCCCAACUUGAGCUCUAUGACCGUGCUUUGCAAAAGCCGGAUCAGCACUUCAGCGGAGGUGGCUGGCCGCCAGCCCAUAUCGUGGGAUGGUGAAACUGCCGGCGUGACUCCUUGCCAGACCCGCGCGGGGAGAGCGCACUGUGCUAGAGCCCAACUUGUAAAUUGCGGAUCGUGGCGACACCGGCAAACAUGUAGACGGUAGCGAGCUUGGGGCGGCCAAUG